UGCUUCUUGAAGUGUCUAAUGGACGCGAACAAUGGCUUUGUGAAAACCAAAAACAUUUGAACGUACUUCAAUAAGUCCUUUUCAUCUGUGUAUAGACUGUUAUCGGGAGUAGUUCGUCGCCUUUGUGAGCUGUCCCGUGGCUCUCCAGACCUCCCAGCUGGACAGAGAUGAGCAGUCCCGAUGCGGGUUAUGCCAGCGACGAUCAGACCCAGGCAAGGUGUACGAUGUCAGUCAUGAUGCCUGGAAUGGGACACUGCCAGUGGGCCGACACUCUCAGUCCUCCUGGGGACACGAAAGUGAAAACUGAGCCGUGCGCGUCCGGCUCCGUCAGCCAGAAUCGUGGGAAGAGCGAACCACGGAUCCGACGGCCCAUGAACGCGUUUAUGGUGUGGGCGAAAGAUGAGCGCAAGAGGCUGGCGCAACAAAACCCGGACUUGCACAACGCGGAGCUCAGCAAAAUGCUGGGGAAAUCAUGGAAAGCCCUUCCUGUCACAGAAAAGCAGCCCUUUGUUGAGGAGGCCGAGCGGCUGCGGGUUCAGCACAUGCAGGACCACCCCAACUACAAGUACCGUCCCCGGCGGCGGAAGCAGGUGAAGAGGAUUAAAAGGCUGGACUCUGGCUUUCUGGUCCCAGGUGUGUCUGAUCACCAAGCCCCUUCCAUGCCUGGGGACAGCAGGGUGUGUGUGGAGAGUCUGGGUCUGGGUUAUCCCGAGCACAGCUUCCAGGUUCCUCCGCAGCCACUCAGCCACUACCGGGAUGCUCAGGCUCUUGGGGGCCCCUCUUAUGAGACCUACAGCCUCCCCACACCUGACACCUCUCCUCUAGAUGCUGUAGAGUCAGACUCCAUGUUCUUCCCUCAGCAUUCACAAGAGGACUGCCACAUGAUGUCUGCAUAUUACCACUCCCAGGCAGCAGAGUACCAGUCCCAGGACCCCCUCUCCAACCACCACAGCAACCCCAUACUGCACGGACACCCUGUCUCGGCUCCAGAGCAGUCCACUCAGCCUGCCGCCCUUCCCCCUUCCUACAUGGGAUGCCCUAACCCUCUGGCCAUGUAUUACACCCAGCACUGCAAUCCCAGUCACCCCAAACGGCAUCCUGGCGGAGCAGGACAACUCUCCCCCCCUCCCGACUCUCACCCUCACUCUGCAGACAGCAUGGAGCAGAUGCACCACUCCGAGCUACUGGCCGAGGUGGACCGCAGCGAGUUCGAGCAGUAUUUGAGUUCCUCUUCAGCACGUGCAGACAUGAUAGGCUUGUCAUAUGGGCCACAUGAGGCUGGCAUGCAAGGACCUGAAAGCCUCAUAUCAUCGGUGCUGUCAGACGCCAGCACAGCUGUGUAUUACUGUAGCUACAACAACUCCUAACCUCCUGUCUGGCCUGUUAUCCUGCUGCAAGGACACAUGAUCUGACCUCAAAUCUCUGUAGCUAAAUUUGAACAAAAAUGUUUUUAUUUUUAAUAUGUAUUUCACUACUGCAGAGGAGGCCCAUGAUAUCAUGAAAUGAAGCUUUGAAGAAGACUGUAUCUGCAUAAGAACAGUUAAUAAAGCCAUAGAAUAUACUAACAUGGACACUGGUUUUAACUUCUUCUUUUGCAGGGAUAUAAUUAGUUUUUUGCUCAUAAAUAUUGUACAGUCACUAUUUUAAAGUGUAUGUAUAUACUGAAGGUGUUUUUAUACUUUUUGCACUUUCAAAAAAUAAAUUUUUGCAAA